GGAAUAAAUUAAAUGCUAAUGUACGGAUUCUAGGAAAUUCACUUGAUGUAUAUUUUGUCGGAGCUAUUUUGAAAUCGCUGCCUUCAUCUGCGAUCUACAGUCUCUGCCGCCACAAUUCUAUAUAUCGCACUUUCCUAAGAAGUACUCUGAGUGCUCUCACUAUGCCUUGGUCACAGUCGCAGCAAACAAGACUGGGCUACGAGAAAGGUUUACUUGAAAACUACUUUCGUAACCGAGUGACAUGGAUCGAUCCACGAGGCGACACAAGAGUGGAGAUAAGAGUAACUUGUUCCAGUGAUAGACAGUACACGCUAAGGAUCUACAUCCCAGCCGAUUAUCCCAACUCCUGCCCACAGAUGGUGGUUAGCAAUCCGUCCUGCUGCUUGAGAAAGCGAGAUGGAUCGUUGUUAAAUUCAGGAAGCAGUGACGACCAUACUUGGGGGAGCAAGGAUGGCUGUACUCAAAUUUGCCACUACAAGCCAGCGGAGUGGACGGAUGACAACACGUUUUACCAAGUCGCCAUGAAAGGAUUGAUUUGGCUGGAGGCAUAUGAGGCGCAUUUGCGCACUGGUCACUCACUCAGUAAUUACCUACGACACUACUAGAACGAUCGUUCCACUCGAGAGAAGCUAGCACGUAAGACGUUAGCGAAAACAGACAGUAAACUUGCAAUAUGCUUUUAGAGUUCAGAAAGCAGUUUAUUGUUAGUUCCUUGCAUAAUGACCUAAAUAAUGGCGUGAAAAUCUUUUUCAGUUUUGUCAGUGAAUUUUAAGAUACCUUUGAGUUUCAUGCAUAAUUAGCUAGCGUAAUAAGUUCCUCUUUUUCUUGGAAACGGGACCGAACAGUCAAAAUAAACUUACGAACAAUACGUUAGGUCAUGGACUCAAACUCAACACUGUUUAAGGCGCUCUAGUAAAUUUUGAAAUAAAGAUGA